CUGGAACUGACCGUGUGGUUUGUUCCUUCCAUCAUCGAGAACGGAGUUGCAAUCUCAUUUGUUGGCUUGCUACUGGGUCCCAUGUUCCCGAUACUUGCCGGUCAUGUGACACGAAUACUCCCUGCGUGGUUGUUGACCGAAAGCCUCGGGUAG